AAACUUCAAAAAUCCCACUACCGUAAAAAAUGUGUAUGUUACUGUUGCUGUGUUGUUCUUGUUAUUUACUACUGACCACAGUGAGCCACAAACCUUCAGUCUAACAAUGAACAUCUAGGCUAAUUUGCAGUUGUGUACUAAGUAUUCUAUUUGGCGUUUUGUCUCUUCCUUCUUUUGUUCUGUCUUUAUUUUCAUCUUUAACUUCCUUUCCGUUCUCAAACUUUGCCGUGAGGAUAAUUAACAGGAAAGAUUUUCUGCUGGAUAUAAUGUGUUCAUUGCUUUAUGUUGGCAGGACUGGAACUUUGAGAAAAUAUUUUUUGGACAAUUUAAAAAUAUUAGAUUGCCUGCCCUUUUAUUUAAAUUCACUAUAUCUAUACCUGAAAAAGAAAAACAACCAAAGAAACAAACAGAUGCCCUUGAAGCUUUGCUACGACCAUAUAGCGUCAGUAUCACACAAGUAAGACGUAGCCGUUUGUUUAUGGAACACUUUAAAAAAUCACCAAUUGAGUUGAAACGGUCUUGAAACUCAAACUACCUGAUGUUACCAGCCACGUCUGUCAAUGGUCUCAUUUUUUCUGCUUUGAAAGCUAAUGAUAUAGAUUGGCAUGUCUUACCCCAUGAAUCUUAGGUUUAGAAAAACUGAAUAGAGUCGAAUUCCCUCGACAACCGCCCAUUGUAGGGGAGAAAAGGUUGUCUUAGACUGAAGAACGUCUUGGGCAGUGUCAUGAUCAUAGAAAAAAAGUAAAGGGGGAAAUGGGAAUUGGCCAUUUGGACAUGUGAUCGUUUUGGACAGGUGGCCAUGUUCGACUGUGUCAGCCACUCUCAAAGAAACUUUUUAAAAAUCGUAUAGAAAAAUAGAAAUAGCAAAAUAUUGGCGUAUUUCUUCUACCUGUAUGCCUCCUGGGAAGCAGAGAAUAUUUUAAAGUAUUCUAGGGUCUCCUAUGGUAAUUAUAUAGAUUGUAAAGCGCAGAGAUCAUUUUGUUGGGCUGAGGUAAGCGCUAAACAAUAAAUGCUAUCUAUUUUGUAUUCAUUUUAUCCAGAUUAUUUGCGCUUUAAUGAACAAAUCUGAGUCGAUAGCGCCGUUAAACACCUACUUUAACUCAAAUUCCAACUCCAGCCCAAACCCAAACCCAAAACCCAAAUCCAAACUCAAAACCAAACCCAAACUCAAACGCCAACUCAAACUCAAACCAUCACAAUUAUCCCCCCCACAGGUGAAGAUCUGGUUCCAGAACCGGCGAGCCAAGGCCAAGAGACUGCAGGAGGCGGAGCUGGAGAAGCUGAGGAUGGCAGCCAAGCCGAUGAUGCCUCCGCUGCUGAGCAUGGGCUUCCCCGUGAGUCUGUACAGCGGCUUCCCGCGGGGCCCCAUGGUGCCUCAGGGGGUCAUCUCGCCCUUCUCACUGCACAACGCCGCCGCGGGGCUGCAGUCCGGCGUCUCCUACCUGCACUGAGCACACCUGUGACCUCAUGAGUUUGUGCUUGGUUUUGUAGACACUCUAGCCAAGAAGGAAGUCUAUAGGCCUAAUGGCGUUGAGAAUCUGUAUGACGUUAUAAGAGCUCUGAACAUCUCUAUGACGUUAUAUGAGCUCUGAGCAUCUCUGUCACGUUAUAUGUGUUCUGAGCCUUUCUAUGACGUCAUAUGACAGAGUUUAUUAGACAGUCCCAAAGUCCAGAGUCUCCAACCUGUGUUGAAGCAGAGUGUGACGUCAUGAGGAGGAUCGCCCUGACAUGAAAUGUCAUGCAAACACACCUAGAGACGUUGCUGGGAACACCCUCUAUAAAUGAGUAAAGAGCAACCCAUUUCUCGGUUGAGCCAGAGCUGACAUCGUGUACUGAACUACAGUUAUUCAAAUUUGACUUUGACUGUAAGGAUGAAAACAGCUCUUUAUCUAAACUUAUUUUCCCUCACCCAAGUUGAGAAGAAACCUAGGCUACCAUUCUCCAAUCCGAUCUCAGUCAAGGGUCCGGAAAUAUACUGACCUAUGCCAAUGCGACGAGCUCAGAUAAUUGAUCGCAUUAAAGUUUAAUUUAAGAAACAAUUCUAACUUAUGACCGCGGCAAUCAAACCCAACCAACAAGCAGAAUGUUGUGUUAUAUCCGAUCGAUCCACGACGAAAAUGUCACCGCCGGGAAAAAGAAAUUGAGUAUCUUUUUCCCGCUGAUGUAUGUUCCGAUCCUCUCCUGUUAAAAGUAAGCUCUCAAUGUUUUUUCUUUGUCUACAAGCGAGAUGGGACUGCCGGUGAAAACAAAAGAGAAUAACAAUACCAUUAUGUGCUUGAAAUGAACGCUGAUGACAUAAGCUGGUGAAACAAUGUGUACGUUCGUAGAACAAGUCAAGUGCAAGGCUUGGAGUUGGAGUCAGCCAAGGACUGGGUUUGACGAGUGCUGAAUGGUCUUCAAACCCUACCCUCCACCCCCACUCUCUCUCUCUCUCUCUCUCUCUCUCUCUCUCUCUCUCUCUCCUCAUUUAGACAUGCAUGUGUCUCUAUCACUCUCUUUGUGUGCUGGGAUGGGCAUAGUAUGAGUGUCUGCCUUUGUGUCUGCGUGUUUUGUGCUUUUCCAAGCAAGUAAUAUUGGAUUUACCUGUUCUAGGAAUGGACUGGGUACAGUGUCCCAAAUCAAUGUUUGAAUAUUUUCUGUCCUGUUAUUAAUGAACUAGUUGUCCUUUGUCAAGACAUUGAAUAUGGAACGUAAAAUGAUGCUGUUUUAGUUUGAGAUUCGGAACCAAAUCGCUUUCAAUCUGUUUAUUAAAAUAAUUAUGAAUGAUCUCUUCUGGAAAAUAAAAAUUCUGUCAUCUCA